GCCCCACGUCCCGCUUGCGUCUCUCCUCCGCCUCCCCCUCAUGAAGCCGCUGCUCCUCCUCCUCGAACAUCCGGAUAAGAAUGUGACCGCAGGCUUGGCACAAAGUUCGAUUUGAUGGAAAGUGAGCAUCUGAAUCCUGGACCAUGGGCUAUGGGCAAAUCCUCCACAGACGCGGCUACGAUGAGCAGCAGCUUCGCCUCAACGUCGGAGGACUUUGCUUCGAGGUGGAUGGAGACACCUUGCAGCAGUUCCCGCACACCCGUCUGGCCCGCCUGCUGCGCUGCCGGAGCGAGACGGCCAUCCUGGAGCUGUGUGACGACUACAGCGCCGCCGACAAGGAGUAUUACUUUGACCGCAAUCCCAAAGUGUUCCUCUGCGUGCUCAACUUUUACCAGACGGGACGCCUGCACAUGAUGGAGGACGUGUGCGUGUUCUCCUUCAGCCAGGAGAUUGAAUAUUGGGGCGUGCAGGAGUUCCAUCUGGCGGACUGCUGCAGCAACUGGUUUCACGAUAGGAAGGAGUACAUUGAUCACCGGGACUGGGAUGCCAGGAGCGAAGAUGGGCAGCAGCCCAGUUUCAACUCGUCCCUUGCGGAACUGUCGGCGCUGGAUCAGGACCUGGCCAAGUUUGAGGGCGCAUGGUGCGGCGAGUUGCGGAGUUAUGUGUGGCUUAGGCUGGAGGAUCCGGGUCACUCCCGAGCGUCGAAGAUCAUCGCCUUGGCGUCUCUCAGCGUGGUGUUGACAUCCAUCAUCGCCAUGUGCGUCCACAGCAUGCCCGAAUUUCAGCACGUGGACGACAACGACAAGCCCAUCGAGGACCCCGUCCUCGCCAUCCUGGAGGUGAUCUGCAUCGUGUGCUUCUCCGCUGAGUUCAUCAUCCGGCUGAUCGUGGCCCCCUCCUGCAGGAAGUUCCUCUGGAACCCCUUGAACAUUAUUGACAUUGCCUCCAUCCUGCCCUUUUACGCCACCAUGGCUCUGGAAAAGGCUGACGAGGAGGGCGGCGAGGAGAACGAGGACAUCGAGAACAUGGGUAAAGUGGUGCAGGUUCUCCGCCUUAUGAGGGUCCUCCGAAUCCUCAAACUGGCUCGGCACUCCGUCGGGCUGCGAGCGUUGGGUGCCACCGUGCGUCACAGCUACAACGAGGUAGGCCUCCUUCUUCUCUUCCUCUCCGUGGGGAUCUCCAUCUUCUCCGCCCUUAUCUACUUUGCGGAGAAGGAAGAAGAGGACACAGAUUUGGGAACCAUUCCAUCCGGUUGGUGGUGGGCCACAAUCACCAUGACCACGGUGGGCUUUGGUGACGCGUGCCCCGUCACCCUGGCGGGGAAAAUCGUCGCCACAAUGUGUAUCAUCUGCGGACUUUUGGUGGUGGCGCUGCCCGUUACCAUCAUUUUUAAUAAGUUCUCCAAGUACUACCAGAGGAACCAAGCCAUGGAGAGCCAGUGUAUCCCCAAAUCCGAGAGACAGGACCCUGAACUUCCUUAUUACGACAUCAGGGACUUGUUCAGCGAGAAGGUGUAUCCGUUCCUGGGAAGCGUCGCUCUCCGGAACAGUGUGGGCAGCGUCGGGGACGACACGGACGCCUCCAGCUUACAGGACGUCGAAAUGUACAAUGUUGAUACUUGUGACACUUAAAUUGUAGUGGUUAAAAAAAAUAAAUACUGUAAAUGAAUACAUUAAAAAAAAUCGAUUUAGAUUUAGAUGGAAAAAAUAUAAGUCGAAUCAGACUGGCAUGUACCAUCCUUCAGUCAUAUCACACGCAUAUAUAGACACAAAACGCUACAUUUAACAAGUUUUUUUUUUUUAAUUGAAUGGAUCAGACAGCCAAACAAUACAAAUGCAAAAUGACGACA